UAUAAAACCGGCCCAUUACUUCAUUCAUACAGUUUUGCCCUAAUCCACUUCAUUGUUGCAAAGCAGCUUCCUACACGGCGGUGUUUCAACGGAAUCAGGUUAAUCGCCGGAAAAAGUCGUCACCGAUUACGCCUCCAUUGACUUGAAAUACUACGAAAAUGGCGUAUGCAGCAUUGAUGCCAGCAAAUUUGGGGUUAGAAGGUUCCCAUUUUCAGAUUCAUAGGACCACUACGUCAUGCUUGAAUUUGGACACUAUGAGCAAAGAUUUUGUUCGUGGAGUGAAGACUAACAAAUUGAAAGUCAACGGACCAGUCAAAAUGCCGACUAAGGUUUCACACAUCAAAUCUGCAUUAAUGUCCCCUGUUGAAGAGAAGACGGGGUUACAGGACUUUUUACACAUUAACGAUUUUGACAAGGGAACAAUAUUAAAGAUUUUGGACAGAGCGAAAGAAGUGAAGGCGUUGUUGAAAUCCGGAGAGAGAACGUAUCUUCCGUUUAAGGGGAAAACAUUGGCUAUGAUCUUUGCUAAGCCUUCCAUGAGAACUCGGGUUUCGUUUGAAACGGGCUUUUAUCUACUUGGUGGUCAUGCUAUCUUUUUGGGCCCGAAAGAUAUUGAAAUGGGUAAGCGGGAAGAAACUCGUGAUGUUGCUCGUGUUCUAUCUCGCUACAAUGACAUCAUCAUGGCUCGUCUCUUUGCUCAUCAGGACCUUUUGGAUCUGGCUAAGUACGCAAGCGUCCCGGUAAUCAACGGUCUGACCGACUAUAAUCACCCUUGCCAAAUCAUGGCUGAUGCUCUUACAAUGAUAGAACACAUUGGUCAAAUUGAGGGAACCAAGGUGGUCUAUGUUGGAGAUGGAAACAAUAUUGUACAUUCAUGGCUCUUGCUGGCUGCUGUAAUACCUUUCCAUUUCGUAUGUGUGUGUCCCAAAGGUUUUGAACCUGACGCAAAGACGGUUGAAAAGGCUCAACAGGCUGGCGUGGGAAAAAUCGAGAUUACUCAUGAUCCAAAAGAAGCCGUUAAAGGGGCAGAUGUUGUUUAUUCAGACGUUUGGGCCAGCAUGGGUCAAAAGGAAGAAGCUGAAUAUCGUCGCAAAGUUUUUCAGGGAUUCCAGGUAGAUGAAGAACUUAUGAAGAUAGCUGGACCACAAGCUUACUUCAUGCACUGUUUACCAGCAGAAAGAGGCGUUGAAGUUACUAAUGGAGUCGUUGAAGCUCCUAACUCCAUUGUCUUUCCACAAGCGGAGAAUCGAAUGCAUGCACAAAAUGCAAUCAUGCUACAUUCACUAGGCCUUUAAACAGUCUUAUAGAUCUGGAGGUGUUGUCUGUAUGUUUUGCAUCUGUAGUCUCAACUUUGACUUGAGUUUGGUUGUUGGGUUUGACCACAUUUGACUUGUUAAAUAUCGUACGAUCGAGAUCUUAUGGUUUUUAGAAAUAAGGGAAGCUUUUCUGGUCA